GCCGCCGGGAAGUUGGAGAGCGGCCGCGGGAGCGCGCGUGCGCACGCGCGGGCCGGGCCGCCCGGCUAAACCGCGGUCGCCGGCGCUCGCGACUCGGCCAGCUCCUCUGGAAGGAGCGGCCGGUGGGCCGGCGUCCUGUCGGCGGGGUGCGAGGCUGACUUGCAGAGCGGCCACUUCCUUCAGGUGCCUGGGCCGCCCCGAGGAACCUGGGCUGCGGCGCGGCGCGGCGGGCUGACCGGCCCCUGGAGCCGAGACCCCGGGACGCGGGCGGAGGCGCCCUCCGGGGGGCUCCCGGCGCCGGGCGGAGGCUGAGGGGACCAUGUCCGAGGGGAACUCCCGCCUCUCCACCACCGAACGCGUCAUCAAAGCUGUUCCAUUCCCUCCAACCCAUAGGCUUACUUUGAAGGAAGUCUUUGUGAAUGGGAAACCUAAUGGUGAAGUCUUAAAAAACCAUUUUGUGAAGGAAGGGCGAGUGGAAGAGGACGUAGCCUUAAAGAUAAUCAAUGAUGGGUCUGCCAUCCUGAGAAAUGAGAAGACCAUGAUAGAAGUAGAAGCUCCAAUCACGGUGUGUGGUGACAUUCAUGGACAAUUCUUUGACCUGAUGAAGUUGUUUGAAGUUGGAGGAUCACCUACUAACACACGCUACCUCUUUCUGGGUGACUAUGUGGACAGAGGCUAUUUCAGUAUAGAGUGUGUACUGUAUUUAUGGAGUUUAAAGAUUAAUCAUCCCAAAACAUUAUUUCUGCUUCGGGGAAAUCAUGAAUGCAGGCAUCUUACCGAAUAUUUCACCUUCAGACAGGAAUGUCUAAUCAAAUAUUCUGAACACGUGUACGAUGCUUGUAUGGAUACAUUUGACUGUCUCCCUCUCGCGGCCCUCUUAAAUCAGCAGUUUCUGUGUGUACAUGGUGGGAUGUCACCUGAAAUUACUAGUUUAGAUGACAUUACUAAAAUAGACAGGUUUAAAGAACCUCCAGCCUUUGGGGCAGUGUGUGACCUGCUUUGGUCUGAUCCCUUAGAGGAGUACGGCAACGAAAAGACUUUGGAGCACUAUUCCCACAACACUGUGCGGGGCUGCUCUUACUUUUACAGUUACCCUGCAGUUUGUGACUUUUUGCGGAAUAAUAAUUUGUUAUCAAUAAUCAGAGCCCAUGAAGCCCAAGAUGCUGGGUAUCGAAUGUACAGGAAGAGCCAAACAACAGGCUUUCCAUCACUCAUUACAAUUUUCUCUGCCCCCAAUUACCUAGAUGUCUAUAACAAUAAAGCUGCUGUGUUAAAAUAUGAAAACAAUGUCAUGAAUAUCAGGCAGUUUAACUGUUCUCCACACCCCUACUGGCUUCCAAACUUUAUGGAUGUUUUCACGUGGUCUUUGCCUUUUGUUGGAGAGAAAGUCACAGAGAUGCUGGUUAACAUUCUCAACAUAUGCUCUGAUGAUGAGUUGAAUUGCGAGGAUGAAAUUGAAGAUCACUACAUUUCAAGCUAUCAGAAAGGCAUCACUGCAGUUCGAAAGGAGAUCAUCAAGAAUAAAAUCAGAGCCAUUGGGAAGAUGGCACGAGUCUUUGCAGUUCUUCGGGAAGAAAGUGAGAGUGUGCUGACUCUCAAGGGCCUGACUCCUACAGGGACACUCCCUGUGGGUGUCCUCUCAGGGGGAAAGCAGACUAUUGAGACAGCCACAGUAGAAGCGGUAGAGGCCCAGGAAGCCAUCAAAGGGUUAUCGCGUCAGCACAGGAUCCGGAGUUUUGAAGAAGCCCGAGGUCUGGACCUAAUUAAUGAGCGGAUGCCACCUCGAAAAGAUAGCCACUCGACUUUGGGGACCAGACAAUCAGUUGCUUCAAACAGGAGCGAGAAGGGGAAAAAAGCCAGCAAUACCUCUGAGCCCUCCUAUGACAAAGGUGGACCCAAAACUUAAGAGCAGAUUGUAUUUAUUUAUUUAUUAUUGGAAAACAAAACAAAGCAACUUAAAUCUGGAGGUGCAUUCAUAAUAUACUCUCUGCAUUUAUUCUGUAAGAAAGGUGACCAUUUUAUAAAUUCUUCUAACUUAUGUCUAACAUAAAUAUAAGCAGUGCAUCUGUUUUGUUUUCCCUUUUCUUCUUAAUUUUUAAGAAAUGAUCUGACUGACUGAUACAUGUGUGAGGUUUUGUACUAUCCGGGGCGCCUUCUCCUAAUAAAAGGGCCUUGGAAACCUCCACCCUGGGUUUCUGGCUUGAACCAGCCAGACUUCCUCUUGUUCUUUAGAAUGUAAUGUCUUUCAUUGCAGACGAGUAAUUUUUCAAACACAAGAAGGUUUUUUUCCUUUCUACAUGGUGCCACUGAAGAAGAUCUCUUAGAUUUCAGGGGCUUAAACUUCUCUUCUUAUGGAAAACUUGAUUAUAGUAGAAUUUGUAAGUGAAUAACCCAAACCUAGUCAUUUUAAGAGCCAAGGGGAAUGUUUUCCAUAACCCAUUUUCUUCUGGACUCUCAAUUCCUUGUACUAUGUUCUGGUAAGGCAGAAUAAAAGGUAAUGAGGGGUUUUCUUGGAAUUGAUUAAAAUUUCAUGUAGCUCUGGGCAUGGCUGGUUUAAACUUCCCUUAAAACGUUGAAGGUUUCUUAAAUGUUGCCAGAUUCUUUGGCUUUCGUUUUUGGACCCCAGGUGAUUUACUCUGUCUACAAAGGAAGCUACAUGUCUAAAUAUUUUAUAAAUAUCCUCUGUACAACCUUCAGAAUAAGCACUCGUGCCCUUCCUUCUCUGUAUUGCAUCAGCGAUUACAACAUCUAUUCUCCCAUCGUCCUUUUUUCUGUAUCAGCAUUUUUUUAAUCAACUGAGAUAAUGAAAACUGACGAGAGUAGAAUGAUCCCUUAUGAAUCGGAAGUCUUGCUAAAGGGCAUUGGAUGAAUGAGGAAUUUCAUAUCUUCUAUAUCAAUUACAGGGUGUUUAUCUUUCAACACUCAUCAGGUUGAACUGUCUGUCAGCAUGUUGUAAAUAUGAAGACAAGUGUUCAGAUAUAAUGUUUGAAUAAUCUUCCCUUGAUUUCUCAAGUCACAACCAACUAGGGAAGAAAACCUCGGGGGUUCUUGGGCUCCCGUGUUUGGUUUUACCUGGUGACAGGUGCUAUGUCAUAAUACUCAUUGGACAGCUUUGCAGCAAGGGUGCAUAUCUGGGCAACACUACACCAAAGUGCAUAUUCAUGAAGUUCCUUCCUAUCACGUGGGUAUAGGCACCCAGCACAAGAGCACGUAUCUCAGGCAGUGAUACCUUAUGUUGGGAAUUUCAAGGACAACAGAAACUUUAUC